AUGCGUUGUGGACCGAAACGGCAGUCGGACGUGAUGAGGUUCUUGCAGAGGGUUAGGUGUUGGGAGUAUCGCCAGCAGCCUUCCAUUGUCCGUCUCACUCGCCCCACCCGUCCCGACAAAGCCCGACGCCUCGGCUACAAGGCCAAGCAGGGAAUUGUGGUCUACCGUGUCCGAGUUAGGCGCGGAGGUCGGAAGAGGCCUGUCCCUAAGGGUAUUGUGUACGGAAAACCCACCAACCAGGGAGUGACCCAACUCAAGUUCCAACGCAGCAAGAGAUCUGUGGCCGAGGAGCGUGCUGGCCGCAAACUGGCUGGCCUUAGGGUCCUCAACUCCUACUGGAUCAAUGAGGAUUCUACGUACAAGUAUUAUGAAGUGAUACUGGUGGACACUGCUCACAGUGCCGUCCGGAAUGACCCCAGGAUGAACUGGAUAUGCAACCCGGUUCAUAAGCAUAGGGAGCUGAGGGGACUUACCUCGGAGGGAAAGAAGAACAGAGGUCUGCGUGGAAAGGGGCAUCUUUACCACAAGAAUCGCCCAUCUCGACGAGCCACCUGGAAGAGGAACAACACCCUCUCCCUCCGCCGCUACCGCUGAUUUUGAUUUCACUAGACAGAGUAUUGUCUUUGUUUGGAAGAAUGUUCUCGUAUGUUGUGUAAGAAAAAGCUUACUGAAUGUGAAAGGGGGGAUUCAGAGCCUUUCUUCAAGGAAACUGUCCUUGAGAUUUUGGAGGGCUUGGCGGAUUGAGUCUUCGGAUUGGCUAGAGUACUUUAGGCAUAUUAGGCGUUGAGCCACACGAUAAAUCCUAUGUGUUUGGUGGUGCUUUGUGCAA